CAUUUGGGGUUCGUCGGAUAACAACACAAACACACCCUUUGAAGCCCCUCUUCUUCUUCUUCUUCUUCCCCAAGUACGAGAGAGAAACCCAGAGGCCAAAAACCCAACAACCAAAUCUUUGUUCCCAAAACCACUGCUCAUUCAGUUGACAAUUGGAUUAGUUAUUGGAUGACAAAAGUUGGUGCUUGAACCAGACAUGGCAGAAGGAGCGGAAGUUGAGGAGCGGGUGGAUCUUGACGAAGACAACUACAUGGAAGAGAUGGAUGAUGAUGUAGAAGAGCAAAUAGAUGAAGAUGGAGUAGAUGGAGUAGAUGGAGGCAGUGAUGAAAAUGUGGAGGAGAAUGCUGAAGAAGCACAUGAAGAUCCUACAACUAAGGCUAGCGAGAAAGAUCAAUCACCAGAACCAGAUGAAAGCCAUAAUGCUGGUGAAUUUGUGGACGAUGAAGAGAAACCUUCUGCUUCUGUCAAUGAAGAGGAGAAAGAGAAACAUGCUCAACUUCUUGCCCUUCCUCCCUAUGGGUCUGAAGUUUUCAUUGGUGGACUUCCUAAAGACACCUUGGAAGAAGAUCUGAGGGAUCUAUGCGAUGAAAUAGGCGAAAUUAUUGAGAUAAGAUUAAUGCAAGACAGAGAAACUGGUGAAAGCAAGGGUUAUGCAUUUAUAGGAUUUAAGACUAAAGAGGUUGCACAAAAAGCCAUUGAAGAAUUACAUAAUAAGGCAUUCAAGGGUAAAACCUUAAGAUGUUCACUUUCUGAAACAAAGCAUAGAUUGUUCAUUGGUAAUGUUCCAAAAAUCUGGACUGAGGAUGAGUUUCGAAAAGUCAUUGAGGAGGUUGGUCCUGGGGUUGAGCACAUUGAGCUAAUAAAGGAUCCCCAAAAUCCAAGCAGAAAUCGCGGUUUUGCUUUUGUUCUGUAUUAUAAUAAUGCCUGUGCUGAUUAUUCAAGACAGAAAAUGUCAAAUUCAAAUUUUAGGCUGGAUGGAAAUACACCAACUGUGACCUGGGCUGAUCCAAAAAGUACUUCAGAUCAUUCUGCUGCUGCUCAGGUGAAGGCUCUUUAUGUGAAAAACAUACCUGAGAACACUAGCACUGAAAAGCUGAAGGAACUAUUUCAGCGCCAUGGUGAAGUAACAAAAGUGGUUAUGCCACCUGGAAAAGGUGGCCAAGGAAAACGGGAUUUUGGAUUCGUCCAUUUUGCUGAAAGGUCAAGUGCUCUGAAGGCCGUCAAAGAUACUGAGAAAUAUGAAAUUGAUGGUCAGCCACUGGAGGUUGUCCUUGCGAAGCCUCAGACUGAGAAAAAAUCCGAUGGGGCUUAUCCUUACAAUGCUGGGCCUCAUGCAAACCACCUUCCACACCCAGGUUAUGGUGGUGGUUUUGCUGGAAAUCCAUAUGGCUCUGUAGGGGCUGGAUAUAGUGUUCCUGCAGGUUUUCAGCAGCCAAUGAUAUAUGGUAGAGGGCCAAUGCCUGCAGGAAUGCACAUGGUGCCUAUGGUUCUACCAGAUGGUCGAAUUGGCUAUGUUCUUCAGCAGCCUGGUGGACAAAUCCCAACUCCUCGUCCUCGGAGAGUGGAUCGGAGCAAUGGUCCAAGUGGACAGCCUGGACGAGGUGGUGGUGGCAGCGAUGAAAGUAACCGUGGCAGGAGGUACCGGCCUUACUAGUGGCAGAGGAUUGAGGUUGUUUUUUUGGGUAAAACAAGGAACAUGUGACUGGUUGGAGGACGAGUUACAUCAGACAGAAAACGAAAAUAACAGAGCCACCUACCCCUCCCUUUUUUUCUCUUUUCAAUGGAAAAGAUGGGGCAAAAAAAGAAAAGAAAAAGAAAAAGGCUGCUAGGAUUAGGAAAAUGAGGUAUUAUAAGUUUAUAACUGAAUGUUGGUGUCUCAUUGCUGUUAGAUGUAUGGCCAAAAAAAAAAUGCUUCAGAUAAUUGACAGUCUAGGAAUUGUUUCUUACGUAUUAACUUAUCCGCUUGUAAUGCAUUUUGUUGGCAUUUGUUCAUUGACAUCUAGCAGAAAUCAAAGUUUAUUUUGCAUCCGAA